AUGCAAUCAAUCAUUCAAAAGAACGAAAAGACAAUCAGCCCUGAAAUGACACUUGAAGAAAAAUUUAAAAUUUGGAAUAACACUCCAAGAGAAGAGUGCCCACUUUGCUUAAAAUUCACCAUACUUGACCAACACAAUUGCCAACUAAAAAAUGAAAAGAAAUUUGAUAAAGAUUUCUUAUUCUACCUUUACCGAAAAACUACUUGCGGAAUCUGUUAUAAAACAGAACAUCCUAAUUCUUAUUGCCCAAUUGUGACCUGCAAAAUUUGUAAAGAAAAAGGACAUAUCACUAAAAAUUGCUCAAACAAACCUAACACAACUGAAGAAAUGAAAAAUUAUUGGAAACAAGAACCAAAAUAA